GCCCCCGGCGGAGAGGAAGUGGCAGUGGCAGCAGCAGCAGUGGCAGUGGCAGCAGCAGCAGAAGGGACACGAGGCACCCACCACCCACCACCACCACCACCCAGACUGGGAGCCGAACCCCAGAGGCAAACGCAGACGUCUCUCCCUCCUUUUCGUCGGACCUUUCACCAUUACCCCACAAGCUUUAUCAUAUUAAAAAAAAGAACCCCGGGACCGGUGGGACGGGACUGCUCUAGGGGAAGAAGAGAGAGAGAAAAGCUCCUACCUCCAGGACCUGGCCACUGUAUUGCCAUGACGACUGUUUGAAAGAUAACAUGCCAGUCGUAAAAAAAAAGAGAGAAACUGGCUUCAGCCGGUCUGAACCGGUUUGCCCCUCCUCCCACGUUUAACGCUGCAACCCAGGCAGCCAGGCGGGCGCAAGAGCUAUCUGAGAUGGCGGAUGUGGAUGGAGAAGAAACAUUACAAACCCAGGAUGGACUAAAGAGGAAGCUGGAGGAGGAGGAUGGAGAGAUCACCACAGACAUUAAGCACCCUAAGCUAGACCUGCCUGUCGAAGGAGAAACUGACCCAGGUCAGGCCCAAGAAAAUGGCAUGGAUGAAGACCUUGCUGAUUCUGAGCCUGACGGUGAUCUACCAACUGAGUGUGAUGUGCAGCCGGAGACUGUUGCACAUCCCGAGGAUCCUUUAGAGCCUGUGAGUGUGCCACAGCAGGAGAAUAAUGUGCUGCUCUGCAAAGAAUCUUCGCCUGAGGAAGAAUUACAAGCCAAAGAUGUCGUUCUGCCCCAGAAUGCUUUGUCCCCCCAAAUUGCAUUGUCCCCCCAGAUUGCAUUGUCCCCCCAAAUUCCAUUGUCCCCCCAAAUUCCAUUGUCCCCCCAGAGUGCAUUGUCCCCCCAGAGUACAUUGCCACCCCAAAAUGAUUUGCAAGACGAAGAGGAAAAGAUGCAGACUAAUGCAUUGGAGACCCAGGAUGAGUGCCGGACCAAGGAUGCUGUGCAACUUGAGGAUGGUGUGCAAGUGACGGAGGAGAGCGUGAAAGAACAACUAGAGGAGAGUGAGGAAUUGGUGAAAGUAAAAGCAGAGCCAAUGGCGGAUGGUUAUGACCAGAAUACGGAAGAAAAGGACGCAAGCUCCCCUCGUCCUGCAGUGAAAAAGGACAAAGAAAACAUGUGUGAUGAGCCUGUGGACAUGAGCACCAACAAAAGUGAUGCAAAGAAGGAAAAGCGAGGACCAUCACCAGAUGUCAUUGUGCUCUCCGACAACGAGUCUUCUAGUCCCACAGCCAAUGGUUACUGCAAGGACGAGGAGAUUGGCAACGACUUCAUCAAAUCAAGCACACCAGAAGAACGGGAGAAGAUGAUCAAGCGGCUGAAGGAUGAACUCCGGCUGGAAGAGGCCAAAUUGGUGCUAUUGAAAAAGCUUCGGCAGAGCCAGAUGCAAAAGGAGAAUGUUACACAGAAGCCCGCUGCACCGCACGGCACAGGCUCUGCGUCGGCACCGCCACCUCUUGUACGGGGCAGUCAGCAGCAGCAGCAGCUUCCGGGCACCCGGCUCCCAGCUCAGCAGCAAAUGACGAUGCCAAGAAACCAGGGGUCAGUGGUUCCCCCUCCCCUGGUACGAGGUGGGCAGCAGGGCCCCCCCAAGUUUUCACACCAUCAGUCAUCGCAAGUCGUCAUGCCCCCACUUGUCCGAGGCCCGCAGAUGCAUGGUUCGAGACCUGGUACUGCUCCCCCGCCACUCAUGAUGGCUCCCAGAGUGACAACACCAUCCCAGAUGCAGGGCUCCAGGGGCCUCUCCUCCAGCGGGCUUGUCCGUGUCACUACUGUGACACCACCAACCUCCGGGGUUGUCAACUACACACAGAGCAUGGUACGUGGAUCGGGUGGAGCCAGCUCUUCUCCCACGCCGGCACGCAGCGAGUCGCCCGCCAGCCGCCAGGCGGCAGCGAAGCUGGCGCUGCGCAAACAGCUGGAGAAGACGCUGCUGGAAAUCCCACCGCCCAAGCCUCCCCCACCAGAGCUCAACUUCCUGCCCAGCGCUGCCAACAGCGAGUUUGUCUACCUGAUUGGGCUGGAGGAGGUGGUGCAGAGCCUGCUGGAGACGCAAGGCAAAGCGGCACCACAGCCCAUGGGCCGGGAGCCGUUCAAGUGCCUGCAAUGCCAAACGGACUUCACUGCGCGCUGGCGGCAUGAGAAAGGAGGCACUGUCAUCUGCGAACAGUGCCUGUCUUCUAAUCAGAAGAAGGCACUUAAGGCUGAGCACACAAACCGCCUCAAGAUGGCAUUCGUCAAGGCCCUCCAGCAAGAGCAGGAGAUUGAGCAGCAGAUCCAGCAGCAAACGGUCUCCACUCCAACACAAAAUGCCAAAUCUCACAUGCAGCAGCUCCCACUUAAACAGCAGCAGUCCACACGGCCAAGCCAAUCAAUGGUCCAGCGAGGCCACCAGCCUCAACACCGGGGGGUGCUGCACAGCUUCCCACAGCCACCUCAGAUGCAGGCAUCCAGCAAGCUGCUCGGGCUGCAAGGUAAGGCCCAAGUCAGGCCUCAAGCCAGGCCCCAAGGGGGCGCAGGCAGAGCUCGAAGGCACGCCGUCGCAUCCCACUCAGCCGGGGUGAACAUGGCGUACGUCACUCCGAACCUGUCGGGCCAACACAAGCCCUCAACGUCGACGGCUGCAUCACCGGCUGAGCGCCAGCGCGAAUACCUCCUCGACAUGCUACCCUCACGCUCCAUCUCUCACCCGACAGUGCACCGCCCUGUGAUGGGCUCACGCACGCCCUCCCAGCUGUCGCACGGCGCACGCGUGCCCAUGCAGCACGGCGCCGCGUCGCGCGCCACUGCGCACCCGCAGCAGCAUCAUGGCUCACGGGCCAUGGGCCACCACUCGCAGGCCACAGGGCGUGCCGUGCCAGGCACAGGAUCGUCACCGUCUGGACGGUCCAUGCAGCAGCCAUCGGCCAAUCGCGCCGUCAACCAGACCACGGCACACGGGCGCUCCCUUGCACAGGGCAAUGCAGCACGUUCCGUCACGCAGCCUGCCGGUUCCUGGAAGUAGACCAUUUUGUCUUUUUGUCUGCUGCUGCUUGUGGAACCAUUGCCACCUUCACAGCGCUGCAAACUCGGAACGAUCCAUCCCAGUGCACACGACCAUCCAUAGCUAACGAAAGAAUGGUCUGAAUGGCUUGUACAAGUGUACCUGUUGCCACAACAGUUUAUUCACAUCCUACGCCAUUGCUAUGUUUGCCUGGGAUCACCUUCGGUUGCGCCGUGUGAAUUGGAAGGUAUUUUGUAAAGUGGGAAAUUAAAUAAAGUUUGUGAAGCAUUUGGUAACAUAUUGACAUAUGCAUAAUUCCUUUCAGCCGUUUUCUGGCAGGAGCUCAUUUAAACAUGGAUAUUUUUGUUCAUUAUUUUGCUCGUAAAUCUCCCCAAGCUUUAAUUAGGUCAUAAAUGCAAACGAAAAUCGCAUUUGCCACUUCCACCGCAUAGUGCUGAAGAAUUGUGCAGCUUUGUAAUGUCUCCUUGCUGGCCCAAUGGAGAUUAUUGCACAGUGGUACUGCAUUUAAAAUCCUCUUCAUUCCUCCCAUUGCUCACACUUUGCUGAAACAGUUAACUUGGCAUACAGCUGGCUGUGGGGAAUUUGUGCAACUGUGCUGGAAUUGUGAAUUUUACUGUAAACCAGAACGGCACAUUUAUCCUGGCUCAAUAUAUUACAUUUAAGUGCACAUAUUUCUGUGAAGAUAAAUGUGGCCUUCCCAGUUGUAAUUUUUAUAUCGAGAAAGAGGCACACUUUUAUUCCCUUGUGUUUUAGAAAAUUAAUUUUGACAACUUUGAGUUGCUUGUUUAAGUGUAUCCUUUUGGCCAUUUGAGGACAAGUUGCUGUCGUGUGUGUAAAUAGUCUGGCGUCGAUUUAACAAGUUUGCAACUGGGAUUCGUUUUGAUGGUCAUGUCAAUUGACCUACAUUGAUGAACGUGCGACCAACAUAAAAUGCACCCAUCGUCACAAUGCAGACUUUAAAACAGCAGCAAUGCCCAAUAUCCCACAGCUCACCUGGCUUACUAUUUUCAUACACAUCACAAGGUGUUAAAUAGCGUUUGUAAUGAAAUAUAGCUUCUGUUGUAACUUAAAAAAAAAUUGCCACAGUUGCAAUUUAUUCGUAUUUGCGCACAAGCAUUAGCUGACCAAAUACAGUGAUUUCUGACUAGCCACAUCGCUUGCAUUCCCAUCAUAUUUAGCGAAGCCAAUAGUGUUUGAACAGUGGUAAGUCAAAGUAGCCUUUCCGUGGAAUUUCCAUGGGUUAUACUAACAGGGUGUGUAAGGUAUAAUAUCCACGAGGGGCUUAUUCGCCCCCCACCCCUUCCAAAGUAUGCAACUUUUAAAGGCGGAUUCAACAUCUUUAAGCUAACUACGCGAACUCCCCUUUAUAACGAUAUGUUUAUGCAGCAGAAGCAUCGAUCUUUGGUGCGAGUCUGCCCUCUACUGUUGAAUAGGUGGAAUAAGAAUUUGUGUGCGCGUUACGUGUAAAUGUUAUCCUUGACUUGCCAUGCCAGUCGCGCACGUUUGAGAUUUUUUGCUGACUUUGUAAAGGUAAACAAACAUUGUUCGCUGAACACUGCACUUGUUAGCAUUGUUUUUCUUUUUGUAAAAAAAAGAUUUGCAUCUGGCUAGGCUUUGGGUUGUUGUAGAUGUAUUUUUUUUUCCUUUUGGGAAAAGAGUAUAAACACAAUUAUACUUUGAAAAUAUGUAUACGUUGAUAUGCAUUUAUUAUACACACGUUGAAGCAUAGAGGCUUACUUCAGGUGAUCACUUUAAUAACAUGCAGGUUAAGUGUAACUCGCGAUUGCUACAGUGAUAAUAUAAUGCUUGUCGAGUAGCGAUUCUCUCCAACCCACGGGUGAAAAAGUCAACAUGAACAUUGUAAUCUCAAGGACUUAGUAAAAAGCCAUCUGAAGAGCAUACUCGCCGGUGUGCUGAUAUGUAUUGACCCUGAUUAAUGCUGGGUAGAAUGCGGACGAGUGCAGCCUUUGACGCGAUUUCUGCACGCGAACAACUGAACAUCCCCUCCCCCUACUCCAAAACCUAUUGCCGCCCGCUGCUCUGUAUAUACAGGUAUUUAUAAGACGGUUUGCAUACCCUUUGGUUCUUUCGGUAAAGUCACGUAUGAAGAUAAAAUAAUUAAAUACUAGCAUACGACGUUUCGAUUGCAACACAAGCAAUCCUCAUCAGGUAUAAAUGAAAUAGAAACACAAAUCUAGUAUACUUAGAAAUGUAAUGAAAUACAACAGAGAGUCGGAUAACAUAAAGUCAACAAAACACCCUUUGCAUACCAGCAAGGAUGUUGAGGUGUUUUGGCAAGUGCGCCGUUUUAGUGGACUUCAAGUGUGUUCUUGUGCGUGAGCGGGUUGAAUCUGCAUAUGCAGUGCUUGUGAAUCUUCGUGACUGGUUGACAUUAGACCUCUCCCUUGAGGUGCCCGACUACGUUUUGCCAACGCAUCGAAACCACACGCGGUGUUCCAGUGCACGUGUUCCUUUUAGGCCGAUUAGUGAACAUGUACUUUGGAACACGAGUUAACUGUAAGAGAUUUUUUUUUUUGAACAUUUGGCUGCGACGUGGGUCAAUUACUGGUCGUGUUGGCUACUGUAUGGUUGGUUAUCUUUUUUUUGUAAUCUGAGAAUGUGCACGGUAAUAUAUUCGUUCUUCCCCUUCUCAUAUAGCUUUAAGUUGUGUGCAUUGUUUAAUUUCUGUACUCUGUCAACCUGGCGAUCUUGUCACGUUUUCAUAUGGCGUGAAUGAGAGCAGGCCAUGCUAGCUUUAGCUUACUGUCGGGUACUAUUUUGUUGUAGCCAGUAGGACAAUUGUCGUUGCUGUUUUGUAAAUCGAAUGCACGAAAAUUAUCUGAAUGGGGUUCCGUUUCUCAGCUUUUUUUUCAAAUAUCUCUCUUCCCCAAUACCCUCAUCCCACCUCUUCUCCCCUCCAGCCUCUUUUUUUUCUCGAUUUUACUGAAACAGCGACAGGGUCUUGCAAGGAGAAAUGAGUGUAAAUGUGUUUUUUGUUGUACCUAUACAUAUGUAAUUUUCGUUAAGGUUUUUUUUUUUCAUGGACAACGCAGACAAACUUUGUUAUACUUGGUCUCCACGGUAAAUAAAACUUGAACGAUUUCCCGUUAAUGUUGAGAUAGCUGUCGCUAGAGAGAAAUAAAACAGACAAUUUUUUGGGUGUUUUGUGUGUAACGUAUGUAUAGCAGCGAUUGUUAUUUCUCAAUGCAGAGAAGAUUAUGCGAGCUUUGUCUUACUGAAGGAUGUAACUUUUGUACAAUAAAGGAGUAGGUUAAUAUGUUUGAACUUUGCACAAGUGUGAAAGUUCUAUUUUUUAUAAGGCCCUCCCUUAGCGUAUACAAGUGCAGGACGUAUAGCAUUGCUCAAAUCUGUUCCGUCAUCUUUUGCUCUGUAAUUGCAUUCCCUCAUGCACGGCUGUAAAAAAGGACGUGUUAUUAAAAGUGCGUUGUAAUAAACUUGUAAA